AUAUCGAUUUUCACCAACAAUUAAACAAAAACCCGGACAUAUUUCACAAGACGGUGUCUGCUAAAACACAACGCCUCAAUACUCAGACAGUGCUUCGAAUAUAAGAAUCCAGUGAUUAUUUAAACAAACAGUUGUGCGGGCAUUUGACUCUAAGAAGUGAAGACCCACCCCAACAAAACUCGACAGCUCAGAGCUAUGCACUCUUAUAAAAGAAGAUUUUAAAAGUAAAGGGUGUUCCCACUCUUUCCUUUUAUAACAUUCGACAGGAUAAUGAAUCGUGGAACACCCUUACAGGGAUGCAAGUUAAUUCUCUCAUUUUCCUUCAUUUUAACUUUUGCAACAUGUAUGGGAGAAAUUUCAGUGACGCCCACGACGCCACCCCACCGCGGCGCCGCCCGGCUAAAAUACGGCUCGGGGUCCCUUAGACCCCCGGGCACCAAACCAAUAUUCGCCACAGGUCAAAGAGACCAUGGCGUCAGAACCACACUAAGUCCAACCAUGAAUAACCCGACGAUUUUACAUCAGUAUCCGAUCGUACCCUUUCCGAUACCAUUUGAUGAAUACGAGCGUAUUCCGGGCGGAUAUCCGAUUUAUCCGGAUAUUAUUCCAAGGGUAUAUGGGUUGCCGCCAAGAAGUGACAGAAACAGAGGUGGUAUGUAUGGUGGCAGACCUGAAUACUCUAAUGGACGCCCAAACCAUGCCUUAUCAAGUGGAAGAAAUCCUUUUGAUUUUGGGUUUCUUCCUGGUAAAGGAUUUGAUCCUAACCCUGGAAAGUAUUUACCACCGCCAAGAAGAGAAUUCGGCAUUGUUCCAAAAACCAUACAAAACCCCGACGACGAAGACGAAAUCCAAGUAAAAUCUUUUCCUGACGAACAUCCCUGUGGAGAAGAUUGCCCCAGAGGCGAGUUUCUUUGCGUACAAAGCUGCACUUGCAUCAAAAGCGAAUACAGAUGUGACGGCGAUCCUGAUUGUCAAGGCUACGAGGACGAACUUGAAUGCGGCGAAAAUGUUAACCGCAAUGGAAAAUGCGACGAAACCAAAAACCAUAUUCGUUGCCCCAUGUCCAAAACUUGUAUAUCGAAAGAGUGGCUCUGCGAUGGAGACGAUGACUGUGGUGAUUUCUCCGAUGAAACCCAUUGCGGUGUGGCUGAUAAUUGCACGGCAGAUCAGUUUGAGUGCUCUAAUGGCCUAUGUAUUCCAAAGAACUGGAUUUGUGAUAAUGACAACGAUUGUAAGGAUUAUUCCGAUGAACUUAAUUGUACUAAAGUAGGAUGUACUGAACAGGAAUUUGAGUGUAGCGAUUUAUCAUGUAUUUCUUUGGGAUGGAAAUGCGACCGACAGAUCGACUGCAGAGACGGAUCUGAUGAAGCUGAUUGUGAUAUUGUGCCACCUUUUUGCGACGAUGAGGAAUUCCAAUGCACUAACAAAGUUUGCAUCAAAAAAGAAUUCAAAUGUGACGGUGAUGAUGAUUGCGAGGAUUGGAGUGAUGAAAAUGAUUGCCCCAAAGUUCUUGGGCAUUGUGUGGCGGGAGAAUUCAAAUGUAAUAACGGUAAAUGCAUCCCAGACAGAUACAGAUGUGACAAACAACAAGACUGCGAAGAUAAUGAGGAUGAGGCAAAUUGUAAUUUCUCCGAAACAAAAUCAUGUUCUUCUGACGCAUUUACUUGUGAUAAUGGAGUUUGCAUUUUGCACACUUGGGUUUGUGACGGAUUUCAAGACUGCUCUCAUGGAGAAGAUGAAGCCAAGUGCGAAAUCGUAUGCGAUGAAUCUAAAUUCCCUUGCGCAGGCCCAACAAAAAAGGAUAACUCAACGUAUAUGUGCAUCAAUAAAAAACAUGUUUGUGAUGGGCAAAAGGAUUGCCCUAAAGGGGAGGAUGAGUUAAAUUGUCCGAGCAAACGCGAGUGUGAACCUGGCACGAAGUGCAAACAGCUUUGCAUUUUAAAGGAUGGAAAGAAAGAAUGUUCUUGCUUACCUGGUUACUAUCUUGCUGACGAUGGUUAUAGCUGCGAAGAUAUAGAUGAAUGUAUGUAUGCAACUGAUCCCGUUUGUUCUCAAAAGUGCAACAACACUAUAGGUAGCUUUAAUUGUGACUGCAUGACAGGUUAUAUACUAAGACCUGAUUUAAGAUCAUGUAAAGCUGUUGGAGCGCCUCCUACUUUACUUUUUGCUAACCGAAUUGAUAUAAGACAGGUUCCAUUACAGGUUUCUUUAAGUAAUAAUAAGUAUACAGCCAUACUUAAAGGAUUACAUAACGCUAUUGCUUUAGAUUAUCACUAUGAAAAGGGUUACAUAUUUUGGUCUGAUGUCUCUAUGGACGUUAUACGUAGAGCUUACGUUAACGGUACAGAUACUAUAGAUAUAAUAAAAUGGGGACUUGAAUCACCUGGUGGAGUCGCUUUGGAUUGGAUUCACGAUUUAAUAUUCUGGACUGACUCAGGUACUCGCAGAAUAGAAGUUGCAUCAUUGGACGGUCAACAACGUGGUAUCAUAGCUUCAAAUGAAAUUGAUAAACCUAGAGCUAUAGUUGUGCAUCCAGGUGAAGCUUUGGUAUUUUGGACCGACUGGGGUCCAAACCCAAAGAUCGAAAGAGCGGAGAUGGAUGGCAGUAACAGAAAAAGCAUAAUUACUGAAUCGGUGUUUUGGCCAAACGGUCUCACUUUGGAUUAUACAAACAGCAGGAUUUAUUGGGCAGAUGCAAAGCAUAACGUUAUAGAAACUGCUAUGCUAGAUGGUUCUAAUAGAAAGAAAGUUAUCAGUAAAGGGUUACCUCAUCCAUUUGCUUUAACAAUAUUUGAAGAAUCUAUAUUUUGGACUGAUUGGCAUACUAAAUCUAUCUCGACUGCAAAUAAAGCUACAGGAGCUGGUCUAAGAACGAUACACUCCCAGUUGCAUUUUCCUAUGGAUAUACAUAGUUACCAUCCACAAAGACAACCAAGAUAUCCCAACAAAUGCGGAACCAAUAAUGGAGGUUGUGCUCAUAUGUGUAUUCCAAAUAAAAAAUCUUACACCUGCGUAUGUAGAAUGGGUCAAAAGUUAAAAGCAGACAAGAAAGCUUGCCAAAAGCCUGAUAAAUUAUUGCUGUUUGCUCGUAAGAAGGAUUUGAGGCUAAAGCAUUUAGAUCCUAAUUCCAACCACAAUCUAGAAAUGGUUAUUCCAGUAAACGGCAUUAAAUCAGCCGUUGCUAUAGCAUGGGAUGCCAAAAACGAUUAUAUUUAUUGGACAGACGUGGAACGUGAUACAAUAAAUAGAGCAUUUUGGAAUGGCAGCGACCAAGAAGUCUUGGUUCAUACCAAUAUAAUUACACCUGCGGGUUUGGCUUUGGAUUGGUGCACAGACAAAAUUUAUUGGACAGACGCCGAUACUGCAAGAAUUGAAGUUGCGCAAUCUGACGGUCAGAUGAGAAGUUUAAUAAUUUGGGAAGAUCUGGAUAAACCUAGAGACAUUGUCGUUGACCCUAUAGUCGGUUAUAUGUAUUGGUCUGACUGGGGUGAAAAACCCAAAAUAGAAAGAGCCGAUAUGGAUGGUUUAAACAGAAUAACCAUAGCUGCUACAAAUUUAACCUGGCCAAAUGGAUUAGCAGUAGACCAUUUUACUGGAAAAAUAUACUGGACAGAUGGUGGCUCUAAAGCCAUAGAAUUUGCUAACUUUGAUGGAUCGAACAGAAAAAUACUAUUGCAGGGUCCCGAUAUUCCUCAUCCCUUUGGUUUGGAUGUCUUUGGAAACAAUAUUUAUUGGUCAGAUUGGCAAACAUUAAAUAUUGAGAGGGCCAAUAAACUAACAGGAGUAAAUCGUACAGUUUUAUCCUCUCAAAUGAACGGUCUAAUGGACGUCAGGGUAUUCCAUAGAAACAGAAAAACCAUACGUACUCCAUGUCAUACUGAUAACGGUGGUUGUUCUCAUCUGUGUUUGUUACGACCCAAAGGGCAUGCAUGCGUUUGUCCAACAGGAAUUAAAUUAGGAACUGAUGGUAAAACUUGUCUGCAUGGUCCGAUAAACUUUCUUAUUAUGGCUCGUCGUGUAGACAUCCGCCAAAUUUCUUUAGAUGUUCCCUACAUGGCCGAUGUUGUCCUUCCACUUCCAAAACUAAAGAGUGCCACCUCCGUUGAUGUUGACCGCAAAACAGGUGAAAUAUAUUGGACGGAUACUGCUGAAGAUGUUAUUCAGAAAGCAAAUGCACAAGGAAGGACUGUACAAACAAUCGUAAUGCAUGAAAUGGAAGCACCAGAUGGAAUCGCAAUAGAUUCCACAGGGAGAAAAAUGUAUUGGACUGAUGGAGAACGUAACAGCGUUGAAGUAGCUGAAUUGAAUGGUUUAAAUAGAAGAGUUAUGUUUACAAAAAAUAUAGAUGAUCCAAGAGCUAUUACACUACACUACCAUCAUGGUUUAAUGUUUUGGUCUGAUUGGGGUAAACAAGCUAAAAUAGAAGUGGCUUGGAUGGACGGCACUCAUAGAGAAACAUUGAUUUCAACUAAUCUUACAUGGCCAAACGGUUUAGCCAUAGAUCGUCCAGCGAAUCGUUUAUAUUGGAAUGAUGCAAAAUUAAACACUAUAGAAUCCAGCGAUCUUAAUGGCAAAAAUAGAAAGUUGGUUAUUUCAGGCGUACCUCACCCAUAUGGGCUUGUUGUAGUUGGUAAUCAUGUGUACUGGACUGAUUGGGGAACAAGUGCUUUACAUCGGGCAGAGAAAAUCAAUGGAAGCGAUAUAACUGUUAUUAAAGAUAAACUAGAAGGAUUAAUGGACGUGCGAUCUGUUCAACACGAUAAUAUAGCAGAAAAUGCAUGUGGCUUAGCUAAUGGUGGUUGCUCUCAUUUGUGCUUAAGAAACCCAACAUCUUAUACAUGCGAAUGUCCAACUGGUAUUCGUAUAUCUAGCAACAAGAAACAUUGUGAACCUCAACCAUCUACAUAUUUACUUGUGGCAACAAAAUAUGCUUUGAGUAGAAUAAGUCUAGAUACUGAAAAUGUCUGGGAUUAUACUUUGCAAAUUAACUCCAUUCACAACGUUGUUGAUGUUGAUUUUCAUUGGGAAAAAAAGCAAAUUUUCUUCACAGAUUUGGAAAGACAUGUAAUCCAGACGGUUCAUAUGUAUAACACUACAGAAGUUACUACUAUUGUAAACGCAAAUUUAACAAGCCCUGAUGGAAUAGCGGUGGACUGGAUUGCCAAUAAUAUUUAUUUUACAAACACCGGAAAUAAAGUUAUUGAGGUUGUAAGACUGGAUGGUUCCCACAGAAAAACUAUUAUCAAAAAGGGUCUAAAUGAUCCCAGAUCUAUUGCGGUCUUUCCCAGACGAGGCUAUUUGUAUUGGACAGAUUGGGGAGUAAAACCAAAAAUAGAGAGAUCUUUUAUGGAUGGUAGUGGAAGAAAAAGUAUUGUUGACGAAGAUCUCACUUUACCCAUAGGACUGGUUGUGGAUUAUCUAGCAAAAAGGCUUUACUGGAUAGACGCUAAAAUAAAUGCUGAGAAAAUUGAAACUACAGACUUACAUGGGGAGAACAGAGUGCUUCUUAACAUACAAGGAUCCCACCCAUUCUCAUUAACCCAAUUUGGUGAUCAUAUUUACUGGACCGACUGGAUGCAGAAAUCAGUAAAUAAAGCGGACAAAACAACUGGUAAAGAUACUGUAGUAGUACGCCCACAUCUAGAUGCUACCAUGGGUGUAACCAUGGUCGCCCAAAGCAGACAAUUGGGUUGGAACCCAUGCGCCAUUAACAAUGGAGGAUGUCCCUACUUGUGUUUUUUCAAGCAAAAGAACUACUCUUGUGCUUGUCCAGAUAACAAACUAAAUUGCAAACCGGAUCCUAUAACUCCUGUUUCUUUAAAAUGUCCUGGAGAUAAAUUUAAGUGUGACUAUGAGGAUGACGAUGAAAACGACAGUCAUCAAUAUGAAAAUUCUGUUGAUGAUUUUGAUGUUCCAAAACCAAAAACUCAUUCAAAUCUGUUCUACGUUAUGACUUUGGUUCCGAUGUUGUUCGUAAUCUUGUUGUUCUUGAUGCUGUUUGGCUAUUUAUUUAUCAAAAAAGGUAAAAAGAAAUACAUGUACGGUCCAAGUAGAAGCUUCUCAAAUCCUAAUUAUUACUCAUCAAGCAAUGAUCCGGCUAGAGGAACUGCAGCUGGGGAUAGAAAACAACUAUGGAAAAGGCUUAAAUAUGACAAAUCUCAAGAAAGGGUGUACGAAGAAACUACCACAAACAGUCCGGAAAUAGCAAGUCUGAUACCCACGAUUUUGACACCAUGCAGCUCAAACUGCGAAACAGUUACCCCUGAACUGGAAAGGUCCCCAUCAGUUACACCCCUACACAAAAUGGAAAUAGAACAACCAAUAGGUUAAUUUUUUCGCCAACCAACUAAAUUAACAUUAAUUACAAAAGAUUGGCAUAAUUUAUUUUGUAACAAUGAAAUGUUAUUUAAAUUUAUCAAAAAUUAAAAAAGAACCUUUUUGUAAGGUGUUAACUUUUUUAGUUGCAUAUUACUUAAUGGCGUACAUAUUUAGAUAUCUGGUCACCUAAGUAACAACAACUACGUACCUAAUAUAAACGUUAUGAUUAAUUCGGUUUUUAAACGUUUUAUAGAAUAUUUAAAUACUUCAAAUUAUUUAUUUUAUUAAUUAGUUUUC